CAAUUUUCAGCGAGGCUCUCUAUUCAGUUGUUCUUACCUACGUCCUAGAAUCGGGGGGCUCCGAACACACCGAGCGGGGCUCUCCUCUCCCUCUUUUUUUUUUUUUUUUGGCUUUUUUUUAAACCUCCCCCCUUUAAAAAACAAAACAAAACAAAACAUUGUGGUUGACUACAUUAAUGUCUGCACUUUGCUUUGUGGACCCGAAAUAAUCCUAUUAACCGUAAUAAACGAGAAACCUUGGCAAAUUCUGAGCGGAGAGUCGAAGCCCUGCGCGACCCAAUAUUUGCCUCUAAGAAUGGUGAUGAUAAUUAGCACCAUGGAGCCUCAGGUAUCAAAUGGCCCUACAUCCAACACAACCAACGGACCAUCCAGCAAUAGUCGAAACUGCCCUUCGCCCAUGCAGACCGGGGCCACCACCGAUGACAGCAAGACCAACCUCAUCGUCAACUACUUGCCCCAGAACAUGACCCAGGAGGAGUUCCGGAGCCUCUUCGGCAGCAUUGGGGAGAUCGAGUCCUGCAAGCUUGUGCGGGACAAGAUCACAGGACAGAGUUUAGGGUAUGGAUUUGUUAACUAUAUUGAUCCAAAGGAUGCAGAGAAAGCCAUUAACACUUUAAAUGGACUCCGGCUCCAGACAAAAACCAUCAAGGUCUCCUAUGCCCGUCCAAGCUCAGCAUCCAUUCGGGAUGCAAACUUAUACGUCAGCGGUCUCCCAAAAACCAUGACCCAGAAAGAACUGGAGCAGCUCUUCUCGCAGUACGGCCGUAUCAUCACCUCUCGCAUCCUCGUGGAUCAAGUCACAGGUGUCUCUCGAGGUGUGGGAUUCAUCCGCUUCGACAAGAGAAUAGAGGCAGAAGAAGCCAUCAAAGGCUUGAAUGGCCAGAAGCCCAGCGGUGCUACGGAACCCAUUACUGUGAAGUUUGCCAACAACCCCAGCCAGAAAACGAGCCAGGCCCUGCUCUCCCAGCUCUACCAGUCGCCCAAUAGACGCUACCCGGGGCCUCUGCACCACCAGGCCCAGAGAUUCAGGCUGGACAAUUUGCUUAAUAUGGCCUAUGGCGUAAAGAGGUUCUCCCCCAUCACAAUCGACGGGAUGACAAGCCUGGUAGGAAUGAACAUCCCGGGGCACACCGGGACGGGCUGGUGCAUCUUUGUCUACAAUCUGUCCCCCGACUCCGACGAAAGCGUGCUCUGGCAGCUGUUCGGCCCCUUCGGGGCUGUUAACAACGUCAAAGUCAUUCGCGACUUCAACACCAACAAGUGCAAGGGGUUCGGUUUUGUCACCAUGACCAACUACGAUGAGGCCGCCAUGGCGAUCGCCAGCCUUAACGGAUACCGCCUGGGAGACCGAGUGUUGCAAGUUUCCUUCAAAACCAACAAGACCCACAAAUCCUGAAUUUCAUAUCCUUACUUAUUAAAAUAUAUAUAUAAAUAUAUACGAACAAAACACACACAAAAAAAAAAAAAGAGAGAGAGAGAGAGAGAAAGAGAGAGAGAGAAACAAACUUUGGAGGCUUAUGUUCAACCAUGGACUUUAUAAGCCAGUGUUGCCUAAGUAUUAAAACAUUGGAUAUCCUGAGAUGUACCAGGAAAGGGUUUUAUAUAAUGCUUAGAAAAUAACAAAAACAAAUCUUUGAUGCAUUGAAUGUUCUUUCAUAGCUGUUAUUGUUGAAUAUGACCUACAUAGAUGACGAUGUACAGGGAUUUUUACCCAGCCGGCUAACUUUACCGCCUUCUUUGAAGGGGAAUCUUUUUAAGGUGACCAUUCGCUUAUUUGAAGAAAAAAAAACACACAGAAAAAAAAAACCAUAAAAAAAACACAAAACACAAUUUUUACAAAGCAAUGGAAUUAAAAAGAAAGAACAAGAUUUCUCUUUUUUUUUUUCCUUUUCAAAAACAUUUUACUCCAAUCAGAUUGGUAAACCCCUCCAAUUUCAAAUUAAAGCAUAAUAAUAAAAAUUGCAAAACAGGAAAGAAAAAAUACCUUUUGCAAUUUUUUUUUAAUUUUUCUUUUUCCUUUUCUUUUAUAUCAUGUGAACUCAGCAGCCUUCUGUUAGGGGGAUGGGGCCGAGGAGGACACCUGAUGACAUUAACAAUUUAAUAUCAUUAAUGUUGCCAAAGAGGUGGUCUCUUUGCUGAAAAUGGGUUUCAAGAAAAAUCUAUUUUUAUAAAAUAUAAAGAAUUUUUACAAGAGAAUCUGGAUUUGAGAAAAAAAAAUAUUUUGACUGGCUAAUUUAGGGGAAAUUGACAGCUUUGUCAUGUUCAUACUGCACUGGUAACUUUUUAGAGAUCAAAGAUGUGUGUUUUAAUCCGGAUUCGUAGAUUGUUUUUUGAAGGAUGGGCUAUAAACAGAUGAUCUUCAUAUCUUUUCAUAGCAUGUAAUAAUUAAAAAAAAUAUUAACUACUACAGGAAGGGAGAGCAGAGAGGGGUCUACCCAGGGUACCACAGUUCCCCACAGUCAAAACCCAAAAGCAAGGAGAGGAGAUGUGAGACGGUUUUUCUUUAAGUCAUCAGUAUGGGAUCUCAACAGAACAAAAGUUUAAAUGAUUAAUUUUUUUCUUCUAAUCGGAAGCUUCCUUAGUUUAAGCAGUAGGUGCUACGAAAUUAUUUACAUAUCUUAGUGUCAUAGUUCAAUGUAAUGUGUUUAGGAAAGAGAAGAAACAAACAAACAAAUAAAAAAAAAAACUACAUUUGCUUUAAAAAUUUGUUAAGGAAUUUCAAGAUUGACUUUGUCGCCCAUGCUGAUAGAACUGGGCUAUGUCGGUACAUUGGAAACACCAUUUUUGGUUUUUGCUUGAAUCACUUAUUUAUUACUUGCCGAUGUGAAUGACGCAUAUGGGCCAAAAUCAAAUCUAGCUAGUUUUACUUCUUUGUUCAUUUAAACUAUGGGAAGAAGCAUAUUAUUGUGUCAUUUCGUUGUGUGUGUAUGUGUAUAUAUAAUAUAAAUAUAUAUAUAUAUAAAGUUAUUUUUUCUUUGGGUUAAUUUAUUCUAAGUUGUAACACUUUGCUAGUUUCGUUGGUAUAUGUCCUUAAAAAAAUGUUUUCUUAUACUUAAGUGACAGAGGUAUCAAGUAACUUGUGUAGAAAUAUCGUUUGCUCUAUUGUCAUGUUUGUUGUGAAUAUUUUUUCUUACUGCGCAGUAGAAGAACACCACCACCAUCACUGGGUCUUUCUUUUCGUGUAAAUUCAGAUUGGGGAGAAACAAACACACACAUGCAAAUUCAGAGCGAAGGGAACAAAAACUUCUGGGGGGUGGGGUGGGGAGGGCUCUCCCGGUCCCCAUGCACUGACCAACCACACGAGUACGUUCAUGCUUUGUGUGGUUCUAGAUUGAAAAUGGAAAACGGGAAAAACAACCAAACACCAAAUCACAAAAGGGUCCAUGCUCUUCCCUGGGUAAUAGAAGCAGUUACUCGCUAUGCAUAAUCUAGUUGAUAGUUAAAUUGGUUAUUGCUUUUCUUGUCUUGUUACAUAAAAAUCUUUUCAAUACAAGUUUAGUCUUAAAGGUAAUAAAACGUUAUGGUUAUUUAUAACUUGGGCUAAUUUUGUGCGUUUUUUUUCCCAUGCUGACCCCCCCAAGUGCAUGUCACCAAAACGCCAGUUUCCACACCCAAAGAGGCCAAUUUCUGUAGACGUAGAGAAACGCUGGGGAACCCCAGCUUGCCUCCUCGACGGCAUCUCCACACCGUGACAUUCAGGUUCUCUUCUCUAAAUUUCCAGCUUUUCAGUUGCCAGGACGCUCAUUGCACAUUUCAUCACCUGCUGUGAAGAAGCUCAGUUGGCUGGCCAUGUUCUGACACGUUGGCCGGGGACUAGUGGGGAGGGCAUGCCAAAAUCUUUUCUCUACCAUGUGUUUACUAUUGGGGGGAAAAGGGGGUGGGAAAAAGAAGCUUUCUUAGGACCAGGCAGUUGUAUACUUUAGUUACAAUGAAUGACUUCAUGUUAACCUUGCUAGUUUAGAUCAUUUCAGAGGGAAAAAGUAUUGUAAAUGUUUCUUUUCUUAAUCUUGUUGUGUUUGAAUUAUUUGUACUUUAACUGUCCAGACAAUAAAUGAAAGUGUGUAGAAUGGC